AUGGCACGAGCUAACGAAAUUGGUAAUUUACUUGCCUCUACAGUUGGAAAAAUUCUAUCUGAACGUGUCGAUAAAUUAGAAAAUCGAUUAGAAGCAGUAGAGAAUGAACUCGAAGUCGCUCGUCGUUAUUCGCGCUCAUUCAAUAUACGUGUCUAUGGUAUUCCAGAUUCUCCAAACGAAACUCCGGCUCAAACUCAAGUUAAACUUAAAGAAUUGUUUGUUACACAUUUGCGUCUAAAUUUAAACCAUGGAAUUGAGUUUAGCCAUAGACUACCUUCGUCCAUUAAAGAUAAACCACGUCCUAUCAUCGCUCGUUUUUAUUCACGGCUUGAACGACAACAAGUAUUCUCAUCACUUGGUAAAUUGAAAGGGAAAGAUUUGGCUAUAUACAAGCGUGAACGUGCUGAUCUUAAGAGUGAUGGUACCAAGCGAGUGAUUUCUCGACAACGGAAGAUAUUCAUUCAAGAUGUUAAUGUUCGAAGUCUUCGACUGGUGUCAAAGUAA